UCACGUGUGCCUCCAGAAAACCAGCAGAAGAGGAGAGAUCCAUGCAGUGUGAGUGUGGCGACAUUGAGAAGAUCCUGAGCUUUAAUUAAAGCUGAACUUCAGUUUAACCUGGAUUUUAGAGAUCUACAGCUCAGCCCGGGCUCUGCCUGCAGGGGGAAGGUACGCUAGAUAAUCUGUGGAGGAGUGGAGGACUGUGGAGAACCUCCUGUGACUUUGUUGGUUGUCUGUUUGGAUAAGAGUUGGCUGAGACUAUGCCAAGUCUUUUGGACACAGUUAAAGCUCAGGGCACUGUGAUGUCUGAGCUAGCCCAGGCUCCACCACCAGGCUGUCCCAUGCACCAGAACACCAAACAGAGUUCACCUCCACCCGAGUGUCCAAUGCACAGUACAUCAGUUAAAGAGCCUCCAAAAAACAUUCCUGAUGCUCCGGCACAUCAAGACAGAGCCUACGAAUUUGUGGAGUGUCCAGUGAAAGCUGCCAGAGGAUCCAGUCAGCCAGUGUCUGACAUCAACCCUGCAAAUAUGAUGCCUCCACCCAACCAGCAGCCCUCAGCCGGUCAGCCCUUUGAUCUGUCUGUGAAGAGGGAGGAGUCGAAUAUCCCGCGCGGUGGUUCCGAACAGAACUGGGUCUACCCUUCAGAGCAGAUGUUCUGGAACGCUAUGCUGAGAAAAGGGUGGCGCUGGAGAGAGCAAGACAUCUCUCAGAAAGACAUGAGCAACAUCAUUACGAUCCACAACCAGAACAAUGAGCAGGCGUGGAAGGAGAUCCUGAGAUGGGAGGCGCUGCAUUUAAAGGAAUGUCCGUGUGGGCCUUCGCUUUUAAGGUUUGGAGGUAAAGCUAAAGAUUUCACUCCCAGAGCUCGUCUUCGUCACUGGAUGGGGCAUGAGCUGCCGUUUGACAGACACGACUGGAUCAUUGACCGCUGUGGAAAAGAGGUCCGAUACGUUAUAGACUACUACGAUGGGGGCCAGGAGUCCAAACACACCAUCCUAGAUGUUCGUCCAGCGUUUGACACUUUAGAAGCAGUUUGGGAUCGCAUGAAGGUGGCCUGGUGGAGAUGGACCUCCUCAUAAACUGUUCAUAUUUUGUGCUGAGUGUGGAGAACUGGGACAGAUGAAUAUUAAUUUAUAACACAUAUAACAGUGACUGCGGUGCUCACUCAUUCACAGUGGCUGCUGUUCAGGUUACAAUGGGCUGUAAGUGUGAAAAUGCUAAUGUAUAUUACUGAUGUAAAUUUGUAGCACAGAUUUGACUCCUGAAAGGACGAGAUGGGUGUUUUUGCUUCAUCAUACUGCAAUUCUGGUUGCUAAAGUUCUGUCUGGGAAUUUUUUUCUGGAAAUAAAGAAUAAAGAGACAGAUAUGAAAAAAAUAAACAAAGAACAAAAUGUCUCCAUUAACUGCAAUAAUAAA